AUGGCCUGUGGACUGGUUGUUACUCAGCUGGACAUCCAGCCUGGUGAGUGCAUCAAGGUCAAAGGGAAGAUCAUGUCUGAUGCCAAGGGGUUUGCUGUCAAUGUAGGGAAGGACAGUGGCAACCUCAUGCUGCAUUUCAACCCUCGCUUUGACUGCCAUGGAGACAUCAACACCAUCGUCUGCAAUUCAAAGGAGGAUGGCACAUGGGGUGAGGAGGACAGGAAGGCUGACUUUCCCUUCCAGCAUGGUGACAAGAUCGAGAUCUGCAUCUCCUUCAAUGAGACCGAGGCCACGGUGAAGCUGCCCGAGGCGGAGUUCCAGUUCCCUAACCGGCUGGGCAUGGAGAAGAUUGAGUACCUGGCUGUGGAGGGUGACUUUAAAGUCAAGGCCAUCAAAUUCAGCUAA